AUGCACGUACACGACGUCCUCAUCAUUGGAGCGGGCCCUGCCGGGUUGGCAGCUGCUGCAAGACUACACGAGCACACUCCCUCGGCGACGUUCACCGACGAUGAGCAUCAACGCUACCACUGGAUCAAGAAGCAUGGUCGAAAAAUGAAUAUUAAGAACUAUAGGACCAACAAGAACUCAUUGCCCACGCCACCAUCAAGUCCAGAGACUUCGGAAUGCGGAUGCGACGGUCACGCCACGGGUGAGGCACUCGAUAUGCUAGUACUCGAUGCCGACGGUGACGAGUGGAUGGCGAAAUGGAAUCGACUAUUCAAGACCUUUGGAAUCAACUAUCUGCGCAGUCCAAUGUUCUUCCAGAUCGAUCCAGCCGACCGCGAUGCCUUACUUGCGUAUGCAUACGAGCAAGACCGAGCGAAAGAACUGCAAGCACUCCCGGGAUGUGCUGGCAAAGAAGUGAGCAAACACAAGAAGAAGAAACGUAUCAAUUCAAAAGGCAGGUUUCUGGGAAGGACGCCCGACAUCGAUGAGAGGGACCGCAAGGACUACUUCACGCCAAGCACAGGUUUGUUUGCAUCUCACUGCUGCGAGGUCGUACAGCGUUAUAGAUUAGGCAAGGAAAUGCUACGACAGGAACGAGCUACAAACAUCGAGUACAACACAGUGAUAUCCUUCCCGGACGCAGAGGUCGAAAGCGUCAUCUCCGAUGACGGUGCAGACGAAGAAGCCAAAGUCUUUCGUGUUACGACUGACAAGGGCGUUCGAUUUGCAAGAGUCGUUAUCCUUGCUGUAGGUCCUGGAAAUGGACCCUGUAUACCUUCAAUACCUGGCCUGCCAACGCCUACUCCGCACGAGGGCUACACACAUGCGAUGCAGAUCAAACAGUUUCCACCGCCGCAUGUAAAGGCAAAGAUUGACGCUCGACGGCAGACGAGGAUGCUCAUUGUUGGCGGCGGCCUGACGAGUAUCCAGCUAGCUGACCUUGCUCUUAAGCGAGGCGUGAGCAAGGUCUGGCUUCUGAUCCGAGGUGAAUUGAAAGUCAAGUACUUUGACGUGGAUCUGGACUGGGUGGGCAAAUUUCGCAACUUCAAGCAAGCCGAGUUUUGGACUGCAGACACUGACGAAGAACGCUUCGAGAUGAUCUCCCAAGCCAGAAAUGGCGGUAGUAUGACACCGCGGUACCGCAAAAUCCUCGAUGCACAUGUAGCAAGCGGCAAGAUCUCUCUCCAUACUCACACUACCCUGCAGUCUGCAUCCUGGGAUGAGGAGUUGAAAUCCUGGACGUGUAAGACUUCGACGCCUGACGUGUGCAUUCCAUCGGUUGAUUACAUUGUGUUCGCAACCGGCAUUCAAUCGAACAUCGAGACAAUACCAUUUAUGCAGACCAUCCAGCAGCAGCAUCCGAUCGAAACAAUCGGCGGCCUGCCAUGUCUCAACGACGAUCUGAUGUGGAACGAUGAAGUCCCUCUCUUCGUCACCGGCAGGCUGGCUGGAUUGCGCCUAGGACCGGGCGCGCCGAACUUGGUGGGAGCGAGGAUUGGUGCAGAGCGCAUCGCAUGGAACGUCGAGGAUGUACUGAAGAAGAUGGGAAGGCUUAGUGGGCCCAGCCAAGAGAGUGAUGAGAGUGACAGUGCCGACGAGAAGAUGAACGCGUAUGCGGCGGCGAGGGACAAUCGCUUUGAUAGCCUAUUUGAGAUUGACGAGAACUGA